AAUAUGGAUCUCAUUGGCAAGCUAUCAAGUAACUUAAUAUUUUAGUCUCCAAAAGCUGUUGUCAUUCUGUGGCUACAAAAUACGGGCUUACUACUGGUUCUCAAGCUAUCCAGUAACUUAAUAUUUCAGUCACGAAAAGCUGUUACUUAAAAUUAAGUUAUGUGGUCUACAUUGCGCAAACCCGUUGCCCAGUUCUGCAAGCCCCUAAAGCGCUAUGGACACGGAUAUUCAGGCGGUUGUCCUGGUGCGAAUUUGCCCUUUGGCUUGGACAGCCCUAUGCGCUUCACAGUGUGUUAUCUGAUUGCCGGAGUCGUGGGCUUUGGAGCUCCGUUUCUUGUUAUUCGUCACCAGAUGCUGCGCAAUGUGACUGAAGAUCCAAAAGAAGAGGAAUAACUCAGAUAUGAUGUAAAACUCUCGUUAAUAAAGUAUUAAGGGGCAUUGCACAUGGAA